AUGACGAACCAGUUAAAAAAUAACAAUGAUGAUAAAAAAUUACGAAAAAAAGUUAAAGAAAAACAUAUAAAUAAAAAUGUCAAAUCAGAAAAAAAAAAAAAAAAGAAAAAUGAAAAUCUCUCAAUAAAGAAGAAAAAGAAGGAAGAGAAAAAAGGAAUCAAGGAAAAGAAAAACAAAAAAACAAAAUCAAAAAAGAAAAAAGUAAAAAAUACAAAAAAAAUAAAGGAUAUAAAGAAUAAAUUAAAAAAUGAAGAUGAAAAUAGUGAUGAUCAAAAUUAUGACGAUAACACUUCUGAUGACGAUGAGAUAUACGAUGACGAUAACUUAUUUAUGGAUAGCAGAUUAAAGAAAAAGAAAAAAAAGAAAACGGCAUUAAGUAACUUAACGGAAGAAGAAAAGAAUAAAAAAAAGAAAAACAAAAAAAAAAAUUGUAUUGCGGAAUUUUUAAAUUUAAAUGAAUAUGAUGAUAAUUAUGAAAAGGAGUUAUUUUCAUAUGCCAAAAAUGGUUUUAAAAAGUAUGUCAACUUUUUGAACAAUUAUAAAAAUACAAUAAAAGAAGAACAAAAUGAAAUAACAAAUAAGAGACCAAAAAAUUUGUAUGUUUGA